AUGGGUAUUUGUACCGAGUUUGACAGUGUUGUUUAUGUUUGUGAUGCGCAGGCGAACUCUUUAAUGGUCUGUACUGAGAUUAAACAGUGUUCUCUUUUUCUAAACGCCAUGGGGUCCUUGUAUAAUGCAUUCUCUGUGCAUAACAAAGGUUCAACAUACACUGUUAAGAGACCUGAUGAGGCUCUUAUUCUUGUUCGACAGUGCAAAGACUUUCUUAACGAUAUUACCGUGGACAUAAGAUCUAACACAGGAAUUUCUCGAACACUAAAUGGACCAGAAGGCCACGUCUCGGCCAAGACUGUGCAAUCAGUUAGCAUGACUGAAUGGGGUCUUCAGAGACUGUUCGACAACUUAAAGACCUUUGAUUAUCAAGCAACUAAUUUUUUGAGACGCAUGACGUUGGACGUCGAAAAUUGCCACUCCACCGUUCACAUAAAGCAGGCUAACAUGUCUGCGAAGGAGUACAGCAGAUCCUCCGGAGUUACGAUGAAAGAAUCCGUCAAGAGAGUGACCCAGUGGGGGGCAUAUUACCACACGAGCAGAAAAUCGUGGUAUCCAAACCUGAAGAAACGAUUUCAUUUUCAAAAGUACCUACCAUGAAACCCUUACCUGUCGUUGAUUUAUCGCAAGCAGACUGCGAAAUUCUACGAAACUGGGCCUCCUCUUAUGGGGCUGCUGUGCGACAACGGACAGUGCGCCAAGAAACAACAAUGGCAAAACAUGGUACUCUACCAGAAUUCAUGUACCAGAGAGAGUGUGUCGCAUUACACAACCCGGUCACCAUCACUUCUGCGCAACAUGCAGGUGCCAAGGCCACCGAAACAGUGGAUGACCAAACAGCAGAGGAUGAUACAGCAGAUGAGGAAUUGGUGGAUGAGUUCGAUCCUAGCCGGCAGUGA